GGAUGCUGAAUCUGGCAUAAGUCCAAACAACGGAUGCACUUUACACCAAUGAGAGCAUCCACUUCAACAAUCGGUUCCCCAUAUGGCACUGAGGCCCCUCCUCCACGCUCUGUCCCGGCAGAGGGUCUCAUUCAUGCUUCAAGACAGCGGUUCACUGCAAGCUCCCUGGCCCUCGGAUCAACUGUUUUGAUCCGGUCUGGGCUUGUGACAAAGGAAGACUUUUCUCCACACAUACAUUUAAAGAAUAUCCUGAGACGGACUCGCUCUGGACUGUCUGAGGAGUUCAGCCAACCGAGCAGGUGAUCAUUUGCGCUUGAACUGACGCUGGAGAUUUGCGCUUGGACAAUGCUUGCAAUCAGUGGGGGAGUGUAUUUAUCAUCAUUGUUUGAACCUUAAAAGAAACUCUGUGUGGACUCUUUUUUUAUUGAGACGCCCUUUGAAGCAUCACCCAGCACCGGUCAUUUAUUUCUUAAAGCUCCCUGCAAUCUCUGUCUUCUUGUGGCGUUCUGGAGGAGCGCACAGCCGCGUGGACCUUCUGUUGAUUGCCAAAGUGCUUUAUCUCUCCAACUCAGUUGUUUCUUUCACCCCAAGUUCAAAAAAGUGCACCACACUAUUUUGACGGGGCUUAAAUGUUCGGGAUCCAGGAGCAUCUGAUGCGAGAAGUGAGCGGAUUAAAAGAGAGAAGUCUUGGAGAGGAGAUGGAUCCAGUACGCUCGUGGGUGCGUAAUGUCGGGGUUGUGGAUGCGAACGUCGCCGCGCAAAGUGGAGUAGCUCUGUCCAGAGCUCAUUUUGAGAAGCAGCCGCCCUCCAAUCUCCGCAAAUCCAACUUCUUCCACUUUGUCCUGGCGCUCUAUGACAGACACGGCCAACCUGUGGAGGUGGAGCGGACUGCGUUUGUGGACUUUGUUGAGCAUGACAAGGAGCAGACAGGGGAGAAAACCAACAACGGCACUCACUACAAGUUACAGCUCCUCUACAGCAACGGGGUUCGCACAGAGCAAGAUCUUUAUGCACGACUCAUUGACUCUGUCACUAAGCAGCCUAUAGCGUAUGAGGGACAAAACAAGAAUCCAGAAAUGUGCAGAGUUCUGCUCACACACGAGGUUAUGUGCAGCCGUUGCUGUGAGAAAAAAAGCUGUGGCAACCGAAACGAGACGCCCUCUGACCCAGUCAUCAUUGACAGGUUCUUCUUGAAGUUUUUCCUGAAAUGUAACCAGAAUUGUCUGAAGACAGCAGGAAACCCGAGGGAUAUGAGGAGAUUUCAGGUGGUCUUGUCCAGCACAGUGAGUGUAGAAGGCCAUGUCCUAGCAGUGUCUGACAACAUGUUCGUCCACAACAACUCUAAACACGGCCGGAGAGCCCGCAGACUGGAGCCAGGCGAGUCUGUCGAAAACUCUAUGGAAUAUGCUACCCCGUGUAUCAAAGCCAUCAGUCCCAGUGAGGGCUGGACCACCGGCGGGGCCAUGGUCAUCGUCAUUGGGGAGAACUUCUUUGACGGGCUGCAGGUGGUGUUUGGCAGCAUGCUGGUGUGGAGUGAGCUGAUCACACCGCACGCAAUACGUGUCCAGACACCUCCUCGACACAUCCCUGGGGUCGUGGAAGUCACAUUGUCUUAUAAAUCCAAACAGUUCUGCAAGGGAGCUCCCGGACGCUUCAUCUACACAGCCCUUAAUGAGCCAACUAUAGACUAUGGCUUCCAGCGUCUUCAGAAGGUAAUUCCUCGACAUCCCGGUGACCCAGACAGACUAGCCAAGGAGAUCCUCCUUAAAAGAGCAGCAGAUCUUGUGGAGGCCCUGUAUGGAAAUCCACACAGUAAUCAGGACAUGUUGCUGAAACGUGCAGCUGACAUCGCAGAGGCACUCUACAGUGUUCCCCGUCCUCACAGUCAGCUGCAGGCGCUGCCAAGUUCUCCAGCCCAUGGCAGUGUCAUGGGCCUGGGCUCCUACCCCUCUCAGUUAGGCGUUAGCAUUGGGGAGCCUGGACAGAGCAGCCAAGGUUACAUUCGAAACUCCAGCAGUUUGUCUCCGAGGGGUUACCCAUCAGCCUCCACUCCUCAGCAGUCGAGCUAUGGGGGCAGCGGUGGGAUGACCGGUGGCUACAUGACCAGUCUAGGAGUUCCUGGUUCUCCUGGUUUCAGCAGUGCCUCCCCCACGGGCUCUCCAUAUAUAAUGCCCUCCAGCCCAACUAUACCAGGAAGCUCCAGCUCCUCCUCGUCCCUGUUGCCUUUCUCGUCCUUCCCGUCUGCUGCUAAACAGAAGAGUGCUUUUGCUCCUGUACUCAGACCCCAGGGCUCUCCCUCCCCUGCCUGCCCUGCCUCAGGGGGGAACAGCUUCAGAGGUAGCCACCCAACUCACUAUCUGACCCCCCUGUCUGAACUCACGAAUGCAGUCUAACCCCUCAUACUAACCACUCGCAAGCUAUGACUGAACAAGAGAGAAAACAGUUGCUGGAUGUACAUUGAUGCAAGACCUGAUUGAUUAGAAUCAUAGACUUUGUAUAUUUUUUUCUCUCCAGCGAUGACGGGCCUGGUUCCCCCGAUGUAGCAAAGCACCCGACCCAAUCUACCCCAGACCACUGCUUCACUUAGCCCCUCUUUUGGCACUGAGAGGGCAGGGAGAAUGGAAAAGUGAUCAAUAACGACCAUAUAUAACUUCCGUCCCUGAGCCCCCCGCCCCCUUCGCCAUUUCUUAGUCCCUUUUUCAUCCAUGUUGAUGAACAGGACUGGGUAUGAAAAUGUCCAAAGACCAGCCAUCUACUCCAGAGGAAGAGGAGAUUACUCCACCCACAACUGCAGAGAGACCAUUCCCCUUAGCUAACAGCACCAGACUGGACCGUAUGACCCAGUGUGCGUAGUGAAGGAAAACUGCUCCUACUUUCACCUCAAGCUUCAAAAGCAUCUGUAUUGACCUUCGGCCUGCUAUCACAUGCAGUAUUCGACUCUUCCAACACCUGAACAAAAACCUUGGCCCCAGAUGUGCAUUGUGAGAGCACUGUUGGAUGACGGACAACUCUGAUAUGUUGUCGCAGCUCUAAAAAGCAGGGUGCUAUUUUCUCUGUGUAUGGACACCUUAAAUGGCAUGUGUGUACGCUGUCUGUGAGUUAGCGAAAGGUUUUUUUGUAGUAGACUUUUUGAAGACAAUUUACAUUCCACAAAAAAUAGACCCUUUAUUUUUUGUUCUGAUGUCUACGGUUUCACAAGGGAGAACUCUUUGUCUUAAGGGUUAUUACUAAAGGAAUUCAUAUAUUGAUUUAUUUAAAAAUAAGCAAUUUAACUUAUUAUAGUUAGUUUAGGGAAUAAUAUAAAUGUGUUUUUUUUAUAAAAUGGUCCUUUUUCCAAAUGUUACUGAAAAUGAAGUGAUAUCAACAAUUCCUAGUUAAUUUGUGAAAUGAUCAGAAGGACUGUUUUUUUCAGUGGAGAAGAUUUAUUCUUUUGCAGGUUCUUUCAUAACAAAAUCCCAAAUGUUAUGCCCACAGUUAAAGAAGGUUAUUGUCCUUGUAUAAAGGAAAAAUGUUAGUUAGCCUUAACAUCUUUAAUUUCACUUAUAAUGCAUGCUUUUUCACACCAAUGUCCUGAUUUUAUUUCAUUCCAUGUUGCAAUUUUAUAUGUAUAUGACUAAACCAUAAAGAUUUAACAGUUUAAUUUUAAAUGUCUCAACCCAGUACAGGCCUGUUGUCACUAUGCAGUAAACCGUAAACGAAAGCACAACUGCUCAGUAGUAAAGAACGGGACGUGAUAGGUGUUCACGAACCCAUAUCAUCCUGUUUUUAUUCAUUGAUUUUUUUGUGUGUCAUCACACCACAAACUUCAUUCUCAGGACGUGAAAACAAAGAACACAAAGAGUAGGUGACAUUUGCAAAUUUGUUUCAUUUAGAGUUUGGUUAAUUUUAUUUAUUUAAAAAAAUAUUAGCAAUUUAAUAUUAUGUUUUUUGAUGCCAUCAUUCUUUGAAACAGUACAAAAAGGGUGCAAAUGUGAUUUGAAUAUCUCAAGUUGUAAUUAUAUUUUGUGCUCCAA